GAUUAUAGGUUAGGUUUUACUAAUAAUAGUUCUUUUUUGGUUAAUUUAUGCAAUUAUUUAAAUAAAGAAAGAUUAAAGUCAACUUCAGCAAUAUGUUUUCUCUCCGAUGGUCUACACUUCUAACAAAACAGUAUCUUUAUCCGUCUUACCUGUGCAGAUGUAACUCUAACAAAACUCGUCUUGACUUGAAAGAAAAGUUGAAAAAAGGGCCUGAUUUAAAAGAUUUUAUUCUAGCUUCCUCCGGAAUUAAGGAACCCACAGAUUUAGAUCCUCCAGAAAUACCUUACUUAUCAAAUAUUCAUAAAACAGAGACGAGAAAAGUUUUCUUCGAUGUAUAUGGUUGUCAGAUGAACCUUAACGAUACUGAAAUUGUGUGGUCUAUUUUGAAGAAGAGUGGAUUCCAGAAGACGGAGUUAGAGGAGGAAGCCGAUAUAUUCCUCGUUAUGACGUGCGCAAUUAGAGAAGGCGCUGAAAGCAAGAUUUGGCAUCGCUUAGAUCAUUUGCGUGGAUUCAAAAGGCGACGUGCGAUUUCGAAACAUAACAAAAAACCAGUAAAAAUCGGUAUAUUAGGCUGUAUGGCGGAGCGAUUGAAGGAGAAGUUAAUCGAAAAGGAAAAAGCUGUAGAUGUUGUGGCUGGACCUGACAGUUACCGAGACUUGCCAAGGCUACUGGCGCUGACGGAGAGUGGGCAGACAGCUGUCAAUGUAUUGCUUUCACUGGAUGAGACAUAUGCUGAUAUUAUGCCAGUCAGCUUGAACCAGAAUAAUGUCUCUGCAUUUGUUUCAAUAAUGCGUGGUUGCGACAACAUGUGUACUUACUGCAUAGUGCCAUUCACAAGAGGUCGAGAGAGAUCAAGACCAGUUACUUCUCUUCUAGAAGAAGUCAGACAUUUGUCGGGAAGAGGUGUGAAAGAGGUCACCUUGUUGGGGCAGAAUGUUAACAGUUAUAGAGAUAUUACUCAACAGUCUGAACCAGCGGCCACACAGUUAGCUAAAGGCUUCAAAACAGUAUACAAGAGUAAGAAAGGUGGCCUAAGAUUUGCAGAUCUAUUAGACAAGGUGUCUGCUAUUGAUCCCGAAAUGAGAAUAAGGUUCACUGCCGCACAUCCUAAAGAUUUCCCUGAUGAGGUAUUAGAUGUGAUAUCAGAGAGGCCUAACAUCUGCAAACUGCUGCACCUGCCUGCGCAGAGCGGCUCCAGCUCCGUGCUGGAGAGGAUGAGGCGAGGAUACACAAGGGAGGCCUAUUUGGAACUUGUAAAGACCGUUAAAGAGAAGAUACCAGGUGUUGGAUUAUCAACGGAUAUGAUAUGUGGCUUCUGCGGCGAGACGGAGUUAGAAUUUCAAGAAACAUUGUCAUUAAUGGAAAUAGUUGAUUAUAAUAUAGCAUUUUUAUUUCCAUAUAGUAUGCGAGAGAAAACCGCAGCAUAUCGUCGUUACAAAGACGAUGUACCGGAGGAAGUGAAGAAAGACCGUCAUAAUAGAAUGCUAGAAAUUUACAGAAGGAAAUGUCAGAUAUUAAACGAAGCUGAAAUUGGGAAAGUACAUCUAGUACUAGUUGAGGGUAGAUUGAAAAAAACUGGCCAAAUGAUGGGUAGAAAUGAAUUUUAUAUCAAAGUUGUUUUUGAUCAAACGGAUAUUUUAUCAGAAGAUGGCGGAAAACGAUUAGUAAAACCUGGAGAUUAUGUUGCGGUGAAAAUAACCUCGGCCAGGUCUUCUGUGAUGAGUGGAAUUCCUCUACAUCACACUACUAUACGAGACUUUUAUAAAGAAAUGAGUUGGAGUGAACGAAGUUCAAGACCAUAGAGUAAAACAAGUCAUUCAAUUUGACAGUUCAUUUAAGCACUAGAAGAAAAUUAGAUUUCUAAGAUUAUUCCCAAUCUUCAUCCCACGUGGGGACGGAUAAAAAUAAAAAGUUUCAUCCGUCCCACGUUUUGCGACGAGGGGACGGUUGGAACUUAUUUUAUUUCUUAACGGAUCCAUCUGUCACCUUAUUGGUGAUAGAGGGAGUAAAAGGUGGGACGGAUGAAUUAUUUUAUUCCCAUCUGUCCCCGUGGGGACAGAUUGGGGCGACGGUUGGGAAUAAUCCGAUUUCUAAAGUAAUUUUCAUGAAAUUGUAAUUAUAUACUUAUGUUUUAUAGUUAAGUUUAGUAUUAUUAAGCAAAAAUAAAUGUUUUU